AUGGUGAAACCUAUCGACAUGAGUCCCAACAACGUCGAGCAGCUCGUGCAUAUCGUGAAGGGCAAACUUGGUGCCUCAAGGGCAGCCCCACUUGCUGUCGACGCGCCCUCAACGAUAGUUGCGACUACUGGCGACGGCGAGACAAGGAACAUCAUACCGUCUCAGCAGGAUGAAAUCCCACUGGAUCGUGUGGUUGAUCUUACCGCCGAGUCUCUGCGUUCCUUCGACGCAGACUACAUGUUUAGACUUCUGCGGAACGCCAGCAUGCCGAAGCUGGACACACUCGCCGUGAAACACGAAGUCCCUGUACCCGUCUCAGGGGGUCCCACCUUCCUGCCAGCGCCCCCCGUGUUCGACCUCUCUCCGGCCCAACUCCCCACUCUGAGCUCUAUCAAGAUGACGUAUGCCGCGAUCCGUUUCCUGCCGUCCCUAGCCUCCCAAUUACGCAUCUUGCACAUAGACAGCGGCAUCGCAGGGAUUUCACUUGGUCUCUCUCUCACACCAUUCCUCGAAAGCCUUUGGAGCCUCUCGCGUAUAGAAGACCUUCGCCUCAUCCGGUGCUUCGCCCCGUCAGCCCCCCAGGGAGAUCCUGCCAGCGCGCGUGGUCCGCUCAACGCCUCGCAGUUGACGAACUUGGAGAUAGAGGACUAUCCCUGGAACAUCGGCCGGAUCAUGACCGAGGUUAAUGUCCCCGCAUCCGCUUUGGUCACCCUCUCCGGCACCGUGCACGGGGCGUCUCCCGAGCAAUGCGGCUUGGCGAUCCUGGCCAUGCUUCCCCGCGAUCGAGUCCGCCUUUCCGUUCUGCGCUUCAUCCAAGCGCUCGUGGUUUCGGUCAUUUCAUACCGAUGCGAGGUCACUGCCUACAUGCGGGAGGAUGAUGCUAGCAGGCCACUCCACCCCCUGGUCUCAUCGGCUCUACAUCUGCGCCUUCUCACCGACAUAUGUGACGACGAGAACCACUAUUCCAGUACCUCGCCGGCCGCUCGACUAUCACUCUUCUCCACUCUCCUUUCCGGGCUCAAGCACAUGUUUCCGGACACCAGGGGCGCCACAUAUCUCAGGAUGGACGCCCCCGAUGGGUUCGAAACCAUAGCACAAGCUGUUUGGGUCGACACCCUUAUUCGCUUCCCCAACCUCUGCCACCUCGUCGCCCACGACGAAUAUUUCCGAGAGUACCCUAGACCCUUGCUCAACGCCCUCAGCGUCCCCGGGGGGCGCUCCGAGCCUCCAGCCUCACUCCUCUGCCGUAACAUCCACUCCUUCGAGCUUUGCGGCGGUGAGAUCGAUGUCAUGGACAUCGACAGUGACAGCUGGGACAUUGAUACCGAGGACGACGACAACGACAACGAGGACGGCGACAUCAAGGACGGCCCAAGAGUGGAUCAGCUCGACCACAUCGUCGCAUGUAUGGAAUCGCGCAGGAAACACGGUGGACCCGUGCCGCUGAAAGUCUUGACCGUUGUGAUAUCCAGUUCUGUGGAUAUUCCUGCGCAGCUCUUCGCACGGUAUCGGGGCAAGUUCGAACACCUCGCCCAACAUUCCGACUUGACUGAGAACGAGGAGUUCAAGUUGUUGGAAGGGAACUAG